AUGCAUCUCACCCCCUUCCUCGCCGCCCUCCUCGCGGCCACAACCUCCGUCCCCGCCGCCGUCCUGCCCCGCGCCGAGCCCUGCACCAACCCAGUCAUCCGCAAAGAAUGGCGCGAACUCGCCCCGGCUGAGAAAGCCGACUACCUCCGCGCGGCAGUCUGCCUCCGCUCCCUCCCGCACCAGAAAUACGCCGCCUACGAAGCCGUCGUCACCCGCAUGGACGACCUCACCUUCACCCACUGGGCGCUGCAAUCGCGCAUCCACUUCGUCGCAAACUUCCUCCCCUGGCACCGCUGGUUCGUCCAGCUCCACGAGGACCUUUUGCGGAAUGAGUGCAACUACACCGGCGUGCAGCCCUACUGGGACUGGACCAUCGACGCGGACGCGCGCGCGGUGCCGACCUCGCCGCUCUUCGACGCCGAGACGGGCUUCGGCGGGAACGGCCAGUUCACGGGGAGCGACGUGCCGGGGUUCCAGCGGUGCGUGGUCGACGGCCCGUUUGCGAACACAAAUCUGACGCUGAGCAUGGGCUGGCCGGACGUCGGGGAGCCGGGGAACAGGCUGCACUGCCUGACGCGCGAGUUUAACAGCGGCGACGGGGCGGACGAGAACGGGGUGACGAUUGUGGGGGACAUGCAGGCGGGCGCGUUCGAUUCGAGGGUGAUGAAUACGAUCUAUGCGUUUGAGGGGUUUGGGGAUAUGGUGACUAUGCUGGAGGGCCUGCCGCACGCACAGGUUCACAGCAUCAUCUAUGGCGACAUGGGCCCGGCCACCUCGCCCAACGAGCCGCUCUUCUUCCUGCACCACGCCAACGUCGACCGCGUCUGGGCAAAGUGGCAAGGCCGAAAUGCCACCCGCCUGGCCGACUACACCGGCUUCCAGGACACGGACAAGAUCUACCCGGCCGCCAUCACCGAUAGCAUGCCAGUGCUGGAGCUUGCUGAGACGGAUCUCCUCGUGCGGGAUUACAUGGACACGCUAUCUGGUCCUCUGUGCUACACCUACUCAUCUAUGUAA